AUGGAUGGAGCAUUUGGAAUUCUUUUAGGUCAAUUCAUUUUUGGUUUUAUUUAUCGUUUGGUUAGGGGAGACAACCUCUCAGUGGAGAUUAUUGCGUGUGUAUACGGGCUUAAGUUGGCUUGGGACUCAGGCUAUAGAAAAGUGAUUCUUGAAACAAACUCUAUGGAGACAUUGGAUUUGAUGACAGUGGGCUCUAUUGUUGAGCAUGAAGAUCAUGUCACCAUUGAAAUGGCACAAGAUCUUUUGCGUCAGACUUGGGAGGUGAAGAUGCAGCAUGUGUCUCAUGAACUUAAUAAACCGGUAGACUUCCUUGCAAGGUGGGGUCUCUCCACUCAUCCUGGGUUCCACUCUAUCAACCAAGUUCCUCAUAGGCUCAUUCUGUUUUUGCAAUCUGAUUGUAGUGGGGUGGUAGUAGAUGCUAGGCAUUAG